AUGGCCAACGCAAAAACUACUGUAAUUAUGGAAGGGUUGCCUGUCAUCAAGGAGCAUCCCAGCAAUGUAAUUGCUCGCCGUAAUGACCCUGUCACCCUUAACUGUGCAGCUUCCGGAGCUGCUCGCAUCAGGUGGUUCCGUGAUGGUGAGGAGGUAAUAACAUCCACGCAAGACCCUCGCUCACACCGUGUCCUCCUGCCUACUGGCUCCCUCUUUUUCCUCCGUGUCACUGCAACUAGGAGAGAUAGUGACACGGGCACGUACUGGUGCGUGGCUUCCAAUAGUUAUGGCUCAGCACGCUCCCACAAUGCUACACUGACUGUGGCAACGCUUGCGUAUGACUUUCAAAGCCAGGCGGAGCCUGUGGUGAAGAUCCGAGUCGGGGAUUUUGUAUCCUUUCCCUGCAAGCCACCCAAGGGCAGCCCUCUGCCGGAAUUAACCUGGCUGAGGGAUGGCCGUCAGGUGACCAACUCCAGCCGCAUCAUUAUCACUCAAGGUGGAGACCUAGUCAUCAGCCAGGCUGUCCAAGACGACUCCGCAGCUUAUGUGUGUCGCGCUCGUAAUGCUGCAGGCACUAGAGAAUCCACUCCCUCCCAACUCACCGUCAUGAUACCACCUUGGUUUGUGGAACGUCCAGCAAAUGUCACUGUUCCACCAGGGGUUGUAGUGGAGCUGGCAUGUCGAACUCAAGGCUCUCCCACUCCUUCAGUUACUUGGCGCCGGCUAGAUGGGAAAAUGCCACUGGGACGCGCCAAGAUAGAUGACCAACGUCUGGUGUUGGAACAGGUAGAGACUGCAGAUUCAGGUGUUUAUGCUUGUGAAGUGGAGAACGAAGCGGGAAUUGCCUCAGCCCAAGCUUCACUUACCAUUGUUAAUGCCCCUGAGUUGACACAGAGGCCACAGGAUGUUCACGUGAUGGUCGGUGAAAGUGCACAGAUAAUGUGUCACAUAAAGGGAGGACCCCAGCCUCUUGUGCUGUGGCGCCUCCCAACCUUAGACAGAACGGCUCUCCUAAUCCCUGGACAGAGGAGGGGUUACACUUUCAUAUCUGAUGAUGGUUACACUCUCACCAUAGAACAUGCAACAACUGAAGACAGUGGCAUUUACCACUGCUGGGGUGUAAGCAGUGGUGGGGGAGUAAGCGGGCAGGCAGAAUUGGUUGUAGUACCAUCUCAUCCACCACCCAUAGUAGGUGUGGGUCCUCAAGACAAGACAGUGAUACCAGGGAGUGUUGUUACUUUCUCCUGUGAGGUAGUGAGUGAAGCAGCCAAAGCCGUCAUCUCGUGGUGGUACCGUCCGUCUGUUCACCUACCAUCCCGUCCACUCUCUCAGGGUACUGAUGGCUCUAGGAUCUCCCUCCCAGACAACGGGGCGCUCAUUCUCAAGAAUGUUCAUCUUGAUGAUGCGGGGAUUUAUACCUGUCGCGCCAGAGCAGACACUGGUACCGUGGAACAAGCAGCAGUAUUGCGAGUAGAACACGAUGCUAAUGUUAGUGAACCACUGCACUUGCCUGCACCUCCCACCAAGCCACGACUUAUGGCAGUGAAUCAAACAGCGGUGCAACUGAGUUGGCUUCCCAAUUCUCAGGUGGGUGGAGAGUCAGGUCAGUGGUAUACAGCAGAGUACUGGAGACAAGGCUGGGAUGAAUGGAGAGUAGCCGAUGCUGUUAUGUUGAAGGAGUCGUGUGUAGUAAGUCACCUCACUCCUGGACACACUUACAUCUUUUUGGUACGCGCCGUCAACAACAGCGGGGCUUCAUUCCCUAGUCCCUGGUCAGACCCGGUCACAACCCGCCCUCCCCGUGACCCAAGUCUCUCAGUGGACCAGAUCCGCCAGGCUCGCCGUCGCCUCUCUCAACCCAUAAUAACACUCACUGACGCCUCCAUCACCGCCCCUCAUAGUGUACUGCUUACCUGGAACUUCCUGGAUCUAACAGAUGAGUCUGUGGAAGGCGUCUUGGUAUACUCACUGACCAAAACUGGCACUGUACAAGUGGCCACUGUGCUGGGCACCUCAUCUUCCUCUUACCUCCUGCACCACCUUAGUGCCAACACUCACUACACUUUCUUCAUCGUCCCAUUUUGGCAUAGCGUCGAAGGAGCGCCCUCCAACUCUCUUUCAGUUAUAACACCAGAAUCUGUUCCAUCAUCUGCACCCAGGGAGGUGCGUGUGACGAUGCUUGAGGAAGGUUUGGUACUUAUCAGGUGGUCGAGUAUGACUACUGAAGAAGCACAAGGGAAACUGGUGGGUUACCAGGUAAUAAUCAGUCACAACGGGAGCCAGAUCACGGAGACGGUGGUAAGCCCUUGGCUGGAAGCGCACAGCCUCCUGCCUGAUCGGCUUUACACCGUGCGUGUGGCAGCUCUCACAGGGGCGGGUCUUGGGCCCUUUAGUGUCCCUGUCCUGUUAGAUACCAGACCCAAUAAUGCUCACACCAUCCAUAAAGUCAAAACAGAGAGUGACAACAGUGGAUCUGUCAGGUAUGCUACAACACAACCUGGGUGGUUGAUCUACGUGCUGAUUCCCCUCUUGUUACUUGUGUUCAUUGUUACUUUACUGUACGUGAGGCGAUUCUAUAAAAAAGGAUCGUUCUCGAACUCUCCUCAUGCACCUGCCCAUUACCAGGACCCGUCCAUCUACCCAGAUCAAAAUUCCAUUAGUAUGUAUGGCGAGAAUAAACCGUGGCGUCCCUCAGAAAGUGACAAAGAUUCUAGCUUGUCAUCUACGCGACUUCUGCAGUCACAUCAACUGGUGAACGAGUAUGCAGAGCCACGAGUGCCAGGGCUCAGUGAUACAACUACAGAACCGUAUGCCACCUCAGCGUUAAUCAGAGCCCCAUCACCUCACCUGAACCACAACGUUCCCUGGAAACAUCACAGUGAUGAUUCAUGUGUCCAGGUCAACUGGGCAGCAUUUCUUCCUCCCCCGCCCACCUGUCCACCGCCACUUGACCAGGGAGACCCAGUUGGCAGCAGUGAUCACCAGGGGCCUCGAAUAGUAUCUUCUUCAGGUUCCCAAUACGACAACAUUGGCAGGUUUGAGCAGUAUGAGCAGCCAUGUGAUGCAGCUUCUGAGCACACAUACGAUGUGUACACACAAGUUACGCCUGAUGGUUGACAGGAUGGCUUCCUUGCCUUCAAUAUAUCUGAGGACCAAGACUGGUAAAAGUUUCGAUCUUCCCCUGGUAAACUUGCGACGAAGUAGCACACACUAGGUCUACCUGUCCAGCAGAACCACAUUUACCGAUCCGCACUAUAGCCAGUACUGGUGGACCAGCAGACCUUAGUUACAGUAGCAGAAGACUUAACAAGCAUAUUCAGCAGUGUACACGAGAACCGAUGACAACCGAUCUAUUAUGCUUUCCAGUUAGGAUGGCAAAACCUGUGAUAUAUCCGCGACCGGUUUUGAGAGUUCUCUUGAAGCCCAUCCUAAAGUCAAACUUCAUUGUUGACCGCUUGGUUGAACAGGUUGCUGCCAGCAGUUGACUGGUCUACGCAGUAGCACAUUUUGGCUAAUCUGGUGGUCCUGUUGAAGACUUUCAGCACCUGCGUCUUGUGAACCAAUACACCACCAGUAAGACACCACCAGUAAGACACGCUCUGGGGUGUGUCAGAGGUGUCAGUAAUCCCUGCCACCAGUAAGACACGCUCUGGGGUGUGUGUCAGAGGUGUCAGUAAUCCCUGCCACCAGUAAGACACGCUCUGGGGUGUGUGUCAGAGGUGUCAGUAAUCCCUGCCACCAGUAAGACACGCUCUGGGGUGGGUGUCAGAGGUGUCAGUAAUCCCUGCCACCAGUAAGACACGCUCUGGGGUGGGUGUCAGAGGUGUCAGUAAUCCCUGCCACCAGUAAGACACGCUCUGGGGUGUGUGUCAGAGGUGUCAGUAAUCCCUGCCACCAGUAAGACACGCUCUGGGGUGUGUGUCAGAGGUGUCAGUAAUCCCUGCCCUCUAUAACACCACCGGUCUUCUAAAAUGGGCAUUAGUUAAUUCCUCACUUUUACCAGAGUAAACAAUCAUACAAUGGACACUGAAAGAGGCUAGUACAAACCGUCACUUCAGCCCAAGUUAUGACAAAGGGAAGGAGGACACCAGCGUACACAUGAGUUGCUUUCUUGACAAUUCCUCACACGAGAUAUAUUCACAGAAACAAUAGUACAAACCUUUUCAUACUGCUGAAAAGCAGAAGGAAACUUUUAAGAGAUUUUCAACACCCUGUUUGUGCAGGAGUGUAUACAUAAAGGUGUUUGUAAGUUGCAAACCUCCUAUAUGUAUACUGAGAGCUGUAAAUCUUUCCAUAUACAUACAUUCAUAUUUAGUUGAUUUCGAUCCCAUUUUUACUAAUAAAUUAUCGUUGAUGCUAAUGUAAGGUAUUGCAGAAUUUAACACACAGAUUUAACACACUAAAUCAGUUAAGAAGAAUAAGUCAUAAUAAGAUGGCUGGAACAAUUAACAGAUAAACAACACUGAAUUUGGACUCAUCAGCCACUACUUGAAACAUUAGCAAUACUGACCGAUAUGCUGUUACCUCUCGAUGGCUCGUGUUCUUCCAGGUGCCUUGAUGCUGCGUGUUCUUCCAGGUGCCUUGAUGCUGCGUGUUCUUCCAGGUGCCUUGAGGCUGCGUGUUCUUCCAGGUGCCUUGAGGCUGCGUGUUCUUCCAGGUGCCUUGACGCUGUGUGUUCUUCCAGGUGCCUUGACGCUGUGUGUUAUUCCAGGUGGCUUGACGAUGGUGAAGGUCAUCUGGACGCAAGACAUGGAAGGUGCCUUUGACGGUAGUACGUACAAUAUGUAGUACUUCCGAGAUUAAUAUAUUAGAUGCCCCAUAGCUGAGGCACUAAUACACCUGCCUGUCAAUUAAUAAGAUUUGGAAUUAUCUCAAAUUUUCUUGCAUCAAACUGGAUUUCCUGCCAUUCCCCAAGGCACUGUUUAACCCCUACGGAUUCUGCGAUGCCCUUCAAAAUAUCUUCACUAUGCCGGAGAUUUAUCAACUCAACCAAGUUAUUUUGCAGUUCUCACCUAGUUGUGAGGCUGUGUAACACUCCAUAGGAAUUCUUAUUAGCAACGGCAUCUCACUGGCGUCAGUAACAAGAACAGUGAAAGUAAUAACAGUGACAGCAACACCUUCCCACUGGUGUCAGUAACAAGAACAGUGAAAGUAAUAACAGUGGCAGCAACACCUUCCCACUGGUGUCAGUACAAGAACAGUGAAAGUAGUAACAGUGGCAGCAACACCUUCCCACUGGUGUCAGUAGUACAAGAACAGUGAAAGUAGUAACAGUGACAGCAACACCUUCCCACUGGUGUCAGUAACAAGAACAGUGAAAGUAAUAACAGUGGCAGCAACACCUUCUCACUGGUGUCAGUAACAAGAACAGUGAAAGUAGUAACAGUGACAGCAACACCUUCCCACUUGUGUCAGUAACAAGAACAGUGAAAGUAGUAACAGUGACAGCAACACCUUCCCACUGGUGUCAGUAACAAGAACAGUGAAAGUAAUAACAGUGACAGCAACACCUUCCCACUGGUGUCAGUAACAAGAACAGUGAAAGUAGUAACAGUGACAGCAACACCUUCCCACUGGUGUCAGUAACAAGAACAGUGAAAGUAAUAACAGUGGCAGCAACACCUUCCCACUGGUGUCAGUAACAAGAACAGUGAGAGUAAUAACAGUGAUAGUUCUGGGAGCUGAACUUAAGAAUAAAAAUUAACUUUUGUUGUUUUGAUUACAGAUUAUCCGUAAUUUCUUACAUGUUUUUUAUACCUGUUCCUAGACACUCCCCUUUAUAUUAGUUAUACCUCUCAACCCAGGUAUACCCUCAACCCAGGUAUACUCUCAACCCAGGUAUACUCUCAACCCAGGUAUACUCUCAACCCAGGUGUACUCUCAACCCAGGUAUACUCUCAACCCAGGUAUACUCUCAACCCAGGUAUACCCUCAACCCAGGUAUACUCUCAACCCAGGUAUACUCUCAACCCAGGUAUACUCUCAACCCAGGUGUACUCUCAACCCAGGUAUACUCUCAACCCAGGUAUACUCUCAACCCAGGUGUACUCUCAACCCAGGUAUACUCUGAACCCAGGUAUACUCUCAACCCAGGUAUACUCUCAACCCAGGUGUACUCUCAACCCAGGUAUACUCUCAACCCAGGUAUACUCUCAACCCAGGUAUACUCUCAACCCAGGUGUACUCUCAACCCAGGUAUACUCUCAACCCAGGUAUACUCUCAACCCAGGUAUACUCUCAACCCAGGUGUACUCUCAACCCAGGUAUACUCUCAACCCAGGUAUACUCUCAACCCAGGUAUACCCUCAACCCAGGUAUACUCUCAACCCAGGUAUAGUCUCAACCCAGGUAUACUCUCAACCCAGGUAUACUCUCAACCCAGGUAUACUCUCAACCCAGGUAUACCCUCAACCCAGGUAUACUCUCAACCCAGGUAUACCCUCAACCCAGGUAUACUCUCAACCCAGGUAUACUCUCAACCCAGGUAUACCCUCAACCCAGGUAUACCCUCAACCCAGGUAUACUCUCAACCCAGGUAUACGCCUUAACUUAGUAAGACCCCAUGAACCUGGGUUUAAACCAUCACACUAGUAAUCCCCUAUUACUCUCUCUCUCCCUAGAAAUGCGUCUUCACCCUAACUAGACCCUCUCACCCUAGUUAUACCUCCUCACGCUACUUGUAUCAAAUUACUUUAGAUAUUUUUCCUCCUCUUUGUAAUAUCCCUCACCAUAGUGAUAUCCCUAUUCUCAGUGAUAUCCUUUCUUUCUAUUUAUCCCUUCUCUCCCUGGUGAUAUCCUCCUCACUCUAAUGAUGCUCCCAUCCCACUAGUAUCCCCUCACUCUAGUAACAUUUUCCCUCACUCUAGUAAUACCCUACAACCUAUUUACUUCUCCAUCACACUAUUUCGCAUCACCCUAGUGAGUAAUAUUUCUUCUCCAUACCUGAGAAACAUCAGAGUAAUUCAACAUUAGCAAUAUCACCCUAAAUCAGCUUACAUGACUAUUCCCUCCAAACAUUAUCCUACAAUCUACAAAUGCACUAGCAAAACCGGUCUAAAUCCCUUAGUUAUGAAUAACUAAAGUGUAAUGAACACUUCUCCGUGCUCAGUAAUAAUCCACAUGGAGGCAAAAACACAGAAGAUUAAUUGAUCUGUAUAUUUCGACCUCGUCCUGGGAUCCUCCUCAGAUGAUGACGAUCACGGAAGUAAAUCGAAAUAUACACAUUUAUUAAUCUCCGGAGGUUCUGUUUCCAUAUGAGAUACGAUUGAUAAAUAUUCUUACAAGAGAGAUACAACUCGAACAUACACCCUAACAUACUGUUAAUAUACACCCUAACAUACCACUAACAUACCACUAACAACAUACCACUAACAUACCACUAACAUACCACUAACAACAUACCACUAACAUACCACUAACAACAUACCACUAACAUACCACUAACAACAUACCACUAACAUACCACUAACAACAUACCACUAACAUACCACUAACAACAUACCACUAACAUACCACUAACAUACCACUAACAACAUACCACUAACAUACCACUAACAACAUACCACUAACAUACCACUAACAACAUACCACUAACAUACCACUAACAACAUACCACUAACAUACCACUAACAACAUACCACUAACAUACCACUAACAUACACCCUAGCAUACACAUUAAAUAGUGACACCUACAAAUACCCACAAAACACUACCUUACACCAUGAACGCCACCGUAUACACAGAAGCUCUAGCUCCUGACACUGUUUACACACAGCAGUGACAUUGCCCAACACACUUUCCUGACAAACAAAACACCAUCUUCAAUACGUUCCUUCAGUAUGACCCAACAGUGCCAGCUGGUUGUGUCACGUGACCGUCCCAACAGUGCCAGCUGGUUGUGUCACGUGACCGUCCCAACAGUGCCAGCUGGUUGUGUCACGUGACCGUCCCAACAGUGCCAGCUGGUUGUGUCACGUGACCGUCCCAACAGUGCCAGCUGGUUGUGUCACGUGACCGUCCCAACAGUGCCAGCUGGUUGUGUCACGUGACCGUCCCAACAGUGCCAGCUGGUUGUGUCACGUGACCGUCCCAACAGUGCCAGCUGGUUGUGUCACGUGACCGUCCCAACAGUGCCAGCUGGUUGUGUCACGUGACCGUCCCAACAGUGCCAGCUGGUUGUGUCACGUGACCGUCCCAACAGUGCCAGCUGGUUGUGUCACGUGACCGUCCCAACAGUGCCAGCUGGUUGUGUCACGUGACCGUCCCAACAGUGCCAGCUGGUUGUGUCACGUGACCGUCCCAACAGUGCCAGCUGGUUGUGUCACGUGACCGUCCCAACAGUGCCAGCUGGUUGUGUCACGUGACCGUCCCAACAGUGCCAGCUGGUUGUGUCACGUGACCGUCCCAACAGUGCCAGCUGGUUGUGUCACGUGACCGUCCCAACAGUGCCAGCUGGUUGUGUCACGUGACCGUCCCAACAGUGCCAGCUGGUUGUGUCACGUGACCGUCCCAACAGUGCCAGCUGGUUGUGUCACGUGACCGUCCCAACAUGUUAUUUAGCACUAGUCAAAUGUAUAUAUGUAUAUUCUAUAUUAUUUUUAUAUUAAAUAUUCGUAUUAUACUGGAA